CCAAGGACACCCUUUUUAUUUUCGAGGGCGCUAUUCUCUCUUUCAGUCAUCCCCCUCUUUCCCUGACCUCUCCCUCUCUACCUGGAAAGUUUUUCCCCCUGACCGACAAGUAUAUCUACCCAUCACCUUUCUUUCAACCUGCACUCCCUCCUUUUCGAGUCCACAGCUACCCCCUGCUACUACCACCGCUGCCAGUUAACGACUACGAUGCGUCUUCCGACAUCUCUCCUUGCUCUCAUCCUUCUCUGCAUUUCAGUCUCUGAUGCAACACCCAUCAUGGCCAUUCGCCACCGAGGCGGUGAUGGCGUGAUUCGUCACCGUUCCGCGUUCAACGCCACCAAUGACCAUCCUGUUCUCGCGCGAGCUCCACCUCCAGGGAAUUUGCAGAGGUCCAUUCAAGGCCGUGCUGCUCGACGAUGUGCCGCGAGGUCGUCGUCAUCCACACCUCCUGCUUCGACGUCGACUAGUUUUACCGUUCCAGGGAAUGUCGGCUAUGACCCGGGAACGUCAACCUCAUCUACGCCAUCUCCCUCAAACACUCCAACGAAGGUUAUCCCUCAGUAUUGGCCGACGAAGACUCAGUCUGGGUACACGUAUGAGGCUACAAGAGCCAGUCCUACCGAUGCGUUCCUAACUUCCAUCUCCGAGGCCUUGAACAAUGAUAAUAACCCGGCGUUCCAAAAGACGUACACUGGCGAUCUAACAUACUACGAGACGGGCAUUGUUGCCUGCGGCGAUACGUACACAGACGACACGCUCACUGCAGCGGUCUCUCACCUGCUUUAUAACUCUUGGCCAGGUGCUAUUUCCAACCCAACCCUGAACCCUAUCUGCGGUCCUUUUACCCCAGGUCGCAAAGCCCUCAACAGCGCCGGCCUAUUUUAUGAUGCAAUCACCUCAUCAGUAGGUUCUGUCUGGAUCGGAGGUGAUGGCAUCCCAUCAUGCGAUCCUUCAGUUAAGGUCCAAUGCCACUUGCCAAUGACAGUCACCAUCACAAACCCUGCUAACGGGAAGAGCGUGAGCGGGGUCAAGAUUGUCGACGAGUGUGCCGGGUGUAAGGGGAUCGGCGACAUUGAUGUGACCCGGACAACAUUCGGGAUGCUGGGGGACGCAGAUCAGGGAAGGAUAAGUGGAAUCCAGUGG